AUGGCCUCCAACGGCAGCAAAACCCAGGCAUCCCCGCCACCCCAAGGUAUCUACGUGCCAUCCCCUACAUUCUUCGUGGCCGAGGGGACUUCAUCCUAUAACACAACAUCGCCGCCUCUGGAUCUCGAAACCCAAAGCAAACACUCCCUCUUCCUCGUCGAAGGCGGCGUCAGAGGUCUCGUACUCCUCGGUAGCACUGGUGAGGCAAUCUUCAUCAAGCCCGAAGAGCGUGUGCAGCUCCUCAAGAGCCAACGGAAGGCUCUAGAUGAUGCUGGCUUCAAGGACCGUCCUAUCAUUGCCGGGACUGCCACGCAGAAUAUCGACGAGACUUUGCAGUUGAUCAAGGAGAGUAAGGAUGCUGGGGCGGAGUAUGCUAUGGUGCUUAGUCCCGGAUACUUUGCACCGGCUACGAGUCAGAGUGGUAUUGCGAAAUGGUUUACUCAGGUGGCUGAUCGUUCGCCUCUACCUGUGAUGAUUUACCACUAUCCUGGUGUUACCAACAACUUGUUCAUUGCGCCUUCGACAUUUGAGCAGCUCGCAGCACAUCCGAAUAUCGUGGGAACAAAGCUCUCCCAUGGUAUCAUCGACGACCAGGCCCUGAUUGCGGCAUCGCCGAAGAUCGAUCACGAGCACUUCUACGUAUUUACAGGCCUUGGGCAGAAUCUUCUGCCGGUACUCGCAAUCGGUGGCGUGGCUGCGAUCGACGGACUGGCUGGGGUAUUCCCACGAGUCGUCGUACGCUUGUUCGACAUGUUCAACCAGAGCUUGGCCAAGGGGAUGUCGAAGAAAGACAUGGACGAGAUGCGUUUGCUGCAAUUCAGGAUCUGUGAAGGCGAGAAGUUGGUAGCUCGCUGGGGUGUCGUGGGCAUGAAGGAAGCUUGCGAUAGGAUUUGGGGCUUGGGGAGUAGGACAGGUGGACGUCUGCCCCUGGCCGGUGGGUUCGAGGAGGGUGACGGCGAGUGGAGCAAAUGGUCGAAAGUGUUCGAGGGCCUGAAAGACCUUGAGAACCAGUUCAAGUCUGAGGAUACCAAAGGAAAGUAG